GCUAAGGAGCUGCUGGGCGGCGGCAGCGGCAGCUUGCUCAGAGCUGCCGGGCGGGAGCGGCGUAGGCGCAGGGGCACUCUCCAGCGCGAACCUGGACAUGGAGCCGCAGGGCGGGGGCCUGGGGCCCGGCCGCGGGUCCCGGGACAAGAAGAAGGGCCGGAGCCCGGACGAGCUGCCUUCGGCGGGCGGCGACGGCGGCAAAUCCAAGAAAUUUACUCUGAAGCGGCUCAUGGCAGAUGAGCUGGAGAGAUUUACCAGCAUGAGAAUUAAGAAGGAGAAGGAAAAGCCCAAUUCUGCUCAUAGAAAUUCUUCUGCAUCGUAUGGGGAUGAUCCCACAGCACAGUCAUUGCAAGAUGUUUCAGAUGAGCAAGUUCUAGUACUCUUUGAACAGAUGCUGCUGGAUAUGAACCUGAAUGAGGAGAAACAGCAACCUUUGAGGGAGAAGGACAUCAUCAUCAAGAGAGAGAUGGUGUCCCAAUACUUGCACACCUCCAAGGCUGGCAUGAGCCAAAAGGAGAGCUCCAGAUCCGCCAUGAUGUACAUUCAGGAGUUGAGGUCAGGCUUGCGGGAUAUGCCUCUACUCAGCUGCCUGGAGUCCCUUCGUGUCUCUCUCAACAACAACCCUGUCAGUUGGGUGCAAACAUUUGGUGCUGAGGGCCUGGCCUCCUUGUUGGAUAUCCUUAAACGACUUCAUGAUGAGAAAGAAGAGACUGCUGGAAGCUACGAUAGCCGUAACAAGCAUGAGAUCAUUCGCUGCUUGAAAGCUUUUAUGAACAACAAGUUUGGAAUCAAGACCAUGUUGGAGACAGAAGAAGGAAUCCUGCUGCUGGUCAGAGCCAUGGAUCCUGCUGUUCCCAACAUGAUGAUUGAUGCAGCUAAGCUGCUUUCUGCUCUCUGUAUCCUACCACAGCCAGAGGACAUGAAUGAAAGGGUUUUGGAGGCGAUGACAGAAAGAGCUGAGAUGGAUGAAGUGGAACGUUUCCAGCCACUGCUGGAUGGAUUAAAAAGUGGGACCUCCAUUGCACUCAAGGUGGGAUGCCUACAGCUCAUCAAUGCUCUCAUCACACCAGCUGAAGAACUUGACUUCCGAGUUCACAUCCGAAGUGAACUGAUGCGCUUGGGGCUGCAUCAAGUGUUACAGGACCUUCGAGAGAUUGAAAAUGAUGAUAUGAGAGUACAACUAGCUGUGUUUGAUGAACAAGGGGAAGAAGAUUCCUAUGACCUGAAGGGACGGCUGGAUGACAUUCGAAUGGAGAUGGAUGACUUCAGUGAAGUCUUCCAGAUUCUCUUAAACACAGUGAAGGAUUCAAAGGCAGAACCACACUUCCUGUCCAUUCUGCAGCACCUACUCUUGGUCCGUAAUGACUAUGAGGCCAGACCGCAGUAUUAUAAGUUGAUCGAAGAAUGUAUUUCUCAGAUAGUUCUGCAUAAGAAUGGGGCUGAUCCGGACUUCAAGUGCCGGCACCUCCAGAUUGAUAUUGAGGGAUUGAUUGAUCAAAUGAUUGAUAAAACAAAGGUGGAGAUAUCUGAAGCCAAAGCCACAGAGCUGGAAAAGAAGCUGGACUCAGAGUUAACAGCCCGACACGAGCUACAGGUGGAAAUGAAAAAGAUGGAAAGUGACUUCGAGCAGAAGCUUCAGGAUCUUCAGGGUGAAAAGGAUGCAUUGGAUUCUGAAAAGCAACAAAUUGCCACAAAGAAACAGGACCUUGAAGCAGAGGUGUCUCAGCUCACAGGAGAGGUUGCCAAGCUGUCCAAGGAACUGGAAGAUGCCAAGAAAGAAAUGGCUUCUCUUUCCACCGCAGUUACUGCUGUAGCCCCUUCCGGCAGUGCUACUGUUUCCCCUGCCCCUCCUUUGCCUGGUGACUCUGGCACUGCUAUUCCACCCCCAGCCCCUCCUUUACCAGGAGAGGUUAGCAUACCACCCCCACCUCCUCUUCCUGGGGGUGAUACCAUUCCUUCUCCCCCACCUCCCCCACCUCCCCUUGUCUUAUCUGGGAAGGUUUGCAUCUCCUCAUCCUCUCCUUUGCCUGGGGAUGUUUGUAUCCCCGCACCCCCUCCUUUGCCUGGGGGUGCUGGCAUCCCCCAACCUGCCCCUUUGCCCGGGGGUGCUGCCAUCCCCCCACCUCCCCCUUUGCCUGAGAGUGCUAGCAUCCCCCCACCCCCUCCUUUGCCUGGGGGUGCUAGCAUCCCCCCACCCCCUCCUUUGCCUGGGGGUGCUAGCAUCCCCCCCCCACCCCCUCCUUUGCCUGGGGGUGCUUGCAUCGCCCCACCCCCUCCUCCCUUGCCUGGAGGACCAGGAAUGCCUCCUCCCCCCCCCCCUCUUCCUGGUGGUCCUGGAAUCCCUCCACCCCCUCCAUUUCCUGGAGGCCCUGGCAUUCCUCCACCUCCACCAGGAAUGGGUAUGCCUCCACCUCCCCCUUUUGGAUUUGGAGUUCCUGUGGCCCCAGUUCUGCCAUUUGGAUUAACCCCAAAGAAGCUUUAUAAGCCAGAGGUGCAGCUCCGGAGGCCAAACUGGUCCAAGUUUGUUGCUGAGGACCUUUCCCAGGACUGCUUCUGGACAAAGGUGAAAGAGGACCGCUUUGAGAACAAUGAACUUUUUGCCAAACUUACCCUUACCUUCUCUGCCCAGACCAAGACUUCGAAAGCCAAGAAGGAUCAGGAAGGUGGAGAAGAAAAGAAAUCUGUGCAAAAGAAAAAAGUAAAAGAGUUAAAGGUAUUGGAUUCAAAGACGGCCCAGAAUCUCUCAAUCUUUUUGGGUUCCUUCCGCAUGCCCUAUCAAGAGAUUAAGAAUGUCAUCCUGGAGGUGAAUGAGGCUGUUCUGACAGAGUCUAUGAUCCAGAACCUCAUUAAGCAGAUGCCAGAGCCAGAGCAGUUAAAAACACUUUCCGAACUGAAAGACGAAUACGAUGAUCUGGCUGAGUCAGAGCAGUUUGGUGUGGUGAUGGGCACUGUGCCCCGCCUGCGGCCUCGCCUCAAUGCCAUCCUCUUCAAGCUACAGUUCAGUGAGCAAGUGGAGAAUAUCAAGCCAGAGAUUGUUUCCGUGACUGCCGCAUGUGAGGAGUUGCGAAAGAGCGAGAACUUCUCUAGCCUCCUGGAGCUUACCUUGCUUGUCGGAAACUAUAUGAAUGCCGGCUCCAGGAAUGCUGGUGCUUUUGGCUUCAGUAUCAGCUUUCUCUGUAAGCUCCGAGACACCAAGUCCACAGAUCAGAAGAUGACUUUAUUGCACUUCUUGGCUGAGUUGUGUGAGACUAAAUAUCCUGAUGUCCUCAAGUUUCCAGAUGAGCUUGCCCAUGUGGAGAAAGCCAGCCGAGUUUCUGCUGAAAACAUGCAGAAGAACCUAGAUCAGAUGAAGAAACAAAUUUCUGAUGUGGAACGUGAUGUUCAGAAUUUCCCAGCUGCCAUAGAUGAGAAGGACAAGUUUGUUGAAAAAAUGACUAGCUUUGUGAAGGAUGCGCAGGAGCAGUAUAACAAGCUGCGGAUGAUGCACUCUAACAUGGAGACCCUCUAUAAGGAGCUGGGCGAGUACUUCCUCUUUGACCCCAAGAAGCUGCCUGUGGAAGAAUUCUUCAUGGAUCUGCACAACUUUAAGAAUAUGUUUGUGCAAGCAGUCAAGGAGAACCAGAAACGGCGGGAGACAGAGGAAAAGAUGCGGCGAGCAAAACUAGCCAAGGAGAAGGCAGAGAAGGAGCGGCUGGAGAAGCAGCAGAAGAGAGAGCAACUCAUAGACAUGAAUGCAGAGGGCGAUGAGACAGGUGUGAUGGACAGUCUUCUAGAAGCCUUGCAGUCGGGUGCAGCAUUCCGACGGAAGAGAGGACCCCGUCAAGCCAACAGGAAACCCGGGUGUGCAGUCACAUCUCUGCUAGCUUCGGAGCUGACCAAGGACGAUGCCCUGACUGCUCCUCCUACCAAGGUGCCCAAGAACAGUGAGGGCGUCCCCACAAUCCUUGAGGAAACCAAGGAGUUGGUUGGCCGUGCAAGCUAAAUAAGCUAGGUCCUGUGGCCACGGCAGCUCCUCAGUGGAGCCCCAGACCGUCCUGCCCUGCAGCGUGUGCCUAAAGGGUCGCGGAGAUGUUCCUCUGGGGUGGCCACUCCCACCACCCUGACCCUGUGUUUCUCUCUGGCCUGCUGCUCUCUGUACAUCACACACAGCUUCAGCUGCCUGGAGGCCAGAAGGAAAGGGCAGUGUGGGGGAGGCCUGAGCCCAACCCAGCCAGCCCUGGCUGCUGUCUUACCAAAGCAGGCUCCGUGUUUGCUGCCUUAACCCUAAGUGUCUCCUCUCGGUUACUCUGAGGCCUCAUCUCAGACAAGGCUCCGCCUGCUUUCUCAGCCCCUGCCUCUCCAGUGGGCUUCCCCCUCAGUCAAUCUUGCUGGAUUUGUGCUUCUCCUUUGUGGUUUCUCUGGCCCUGAGAACAGCAUGGGGCUUAUGAACCUCUGGGCUACAUCCCUCCUUUCACUGCUGUCACCUCUGCUCUGCUCUUUCCUCUCCUGGCUGUUGUUAUUUAUUACUAGUGGUGUGGCACUGGGAGUUGCUUCUAAGGAAGUGGGGAGCAAAUCCCACCCACCCUCACCCCACCUUCCUGGGAAAGGCCUCCCCAAACAAAAAGGACCUGGACCACUUUAUCCGUUCCACAGUGGCCUAGGCCAGAGCCUGUGGGCGGGCGGGCAGAGCAUAGAGACAUCAUGGGACCCGGCCCCAGCCUGCUGCCAUGCUUUAUGCCCUUGCCUCUCUGGACCCUCUGCACCAGCCCCAGGCUUCUGAGCCACGGUCCCUCCUCACGCCCUCCCCACGCCCUCCCCAGAGCUUUGGUGCAUCUUAUCUGGACUAUGGGCUGUAUGGUGACCAUCUCAACACCUCACCCUCUGUCUCCAAGGAAAUGGGAGGUGGAGCCUCCUGGCUGAGAAAUUGUUUUGCAAAUGGAUCUAUUUUUGUAUGAGAUUUUUUUUUUUUUUAAAG